CGAGCGCGGUGAAGAAGAAGUCAUUUACAACGAAAGGCAAGCCGUAGAAGAAGUGUUUGACAAGCGGAAGUGUGAUGAUUGUCUUCUAAAUGUUGUAAAAGUCACCAAAUGUCUCUCGGAGUCACACACCUGACACUUACCUGACGACGACAGCAAAAGAAAGCGCCAACAUGACAAAUGUCUACUCCUUGGAUGGUGUGCUGGUGUUUGGGCUGCUCCUGGUGUGCACGUGUGCAUACUUGAAAAAGGUUCCUCGCCUCAACGGCUGGCUGCUGUCGGAGAAGAAAGGAAUCUGGGGAGUUUUCUACAAAGCGGCAGUCAUCGGGACCCGGCUCCAUAUUGCUGUCGCACUUUGCUGUCUGCUCAUGGCCUUCUACUUGAUCUUCCUCAAAUGAUCCAGCACAGCACAUCCAUGCCAUGGAUUGGACUCAGCGGGGGAGGGGUCAUGAGGACUCGCUUAAAGACGAGCCCCCUCCUGGUGACACUCUGCACUAAUGAUGUCAUCUUCAAUCCCGCCCCCACUUAUACGAGCCAGGAAAGAGGUGAUGUCAUCUUCAUUUACAUACCUUAGUACGUGGCACUAAAAUGUUGUCAUCCACAUGGCAAAUCCUGUUUCCCUCUAAAGAAGAAUAAUCCAUACAAUUUAUUUCUUGUAAAAGUCCCAAUAUAUAAUGUCGCAGUGGAAGUAGCCCGCACAGGACUUGCUUGUGGAAGUCAGCGGGAUUACAGAGUGCAAAAGCGCAGCAACAUGUAUGCUAGACUGGCCUCCAAACAGAACAUUCAAGACGUAGGACGGGUGCGAUGCAGUUUAAGUAAAAUGCUAGCAAGUCAUUUUCAAAGUGCCUAGAUCCUGUGUUUGACACUCACACACAUCGGUAGCAUUAGAAAUGUUUGCAAGGGGCCAAUAAAACAAUAUGAUUUCAACAGUACAAA